UAUUUUGUUUCACUUUGCCAUUUUGUCAGCUCCUUCCCCGGGGAUUUACUCACAAUGACGGAUUCCGCUGUCGUGGAUCGCCUGGCGCGACUGAAACUCAAACUCCUUGAAAAGAAACUAGAAAAUGAGCAGAAAACUAUGGAGGGCUAUGAGUCUCCUGUUCCUGAAGCAAGGAAUUACAGAGGCCAUGAUUAUGCCUUACAAAGUGCACUGAGGAGAAGAAAAGACCUUCUGCAGCAACUCAGGGAGCAAAAGCUUUUGGAAGAAUUAUCACAACCACUAAACUCGCCAAGAAUCCAACGAAAGCACUACAGACAGGAACCAGAGAGCGUCUACCAAGCUCCUCCCCCUGCUCCUCCUCCUCCCCCACCACCACCAGCACCACCAAGAAUUAUCCAGCAAACAUUACCACAGCAGCCAGCAACCAUUAUUCAGCAGAUACCUCAGCAUUCACCACUCAUUACCCAAAUCCCACUUCCACAACCUUUUCCAGCUCCCCGCUCUGGGAGUAUUAAGGAAGAUAUGGUGGAAAUGAUGCUGAUGCAAAACGCGCAGAUGCACCAGAUCAUUAUGCAGAACAUGAUGCUGAAAUCUCUGCCACCGCCGGCAUAUUCACCGGCUAAUGGGCCUGGGGCUCCUCUGCUUCACCACGGACAGCCGCUUCCUGCCCCUAUUGUGUUACGAACGGAGAAACCUCGACCGUCAACUGUACAUCAUCAUCACUAUACAUCUGCAGGGGUGCCAGCUAUAUCUCCUCAGCUUGGCUUUCCCAUGUGGCCUUCAGUAAUGCCACCUGUUCUUGGCACACAACUGGGAGGAUUCCCGUCUGACCGCCAACAUCUGUCCAUCCCAACUACUGCAACACACACGGUCCCAGCCCAUGGACUGCUUGGACUACCCCCAGGCUUGUAAAUUUCGAUAGCAC